UUAAAAAUUGGGAAAAAAAUAAAAAAAUAAUAAAAAUAAAUUAUAAAUUUGAGAGGUUAAUUUUCAAUUUGCAUCUUGACAUUCUUAUCAAGAAUUGACUGAAAUGUUUAAACUUGCUGAGCCAUUUAAUCAUGUCUAUACUGAGGGAGGCUACGUCUCAAUUCCUGAGUUCUAUAGUGGAAAAUCCGUUUUUGUGACUGGAGCAACUGGAUCAAUUGGCAAAAUCUUAAUUGAAAAAUUCCUCAGAUCCUGUCCAGAUAUCAAGAGAAUCUACAUCCUUAUUCGUCCCAAGAAAGGUGUCAGCAUCCAAAACCGACUCUCACAAAUCUUCAAUGUUCCACUUUUCGACCUAAUCCGUGAAAAUAAUCCAGAUGCAUUUGAAAAAGUCAUUCCAAUUUUUGGUGACAUUAAAGCUGAUGAACUUGGAAUUUCACCUGAAGAUCAAAAUGUUUUGUGUCAGGAAGUGUCGAUUGUCAUUCAUUCUGCUGCCACGAUUAGGUUUGAUGAGGAAUUGAAAGAAGCUUUUGAAGUAAAUGUUAAAGGAACACAAAAACUUGUUAAUCUUAGCAAAAGAAUGACAAAAAUUGAGUCAUUCGUAUAUAUUUCAACUGCAUUCUCAAACUGUACAAACAAAGACAUUCAUGAGAAGUUCUAUGAGUUUCCAUUCGACACUAAGGUUUUGAAUGACUUCAUCGAAAAGUUCCCUGUCGACGUGAUCAACAAGUGCACAAAAUUUUUAAUCGGAAAGCAUCCAAACACUUAUACAUUUUCAAAGGCGAUGGCUGAAGUUUCACUCAAGAAUGUUCAUGAGUUUCCAGUUGUUGUACUGCGUCCUUCUAUUGUCACGGCAUGUUACAAAGAACCUUUACCAGGAUGGGUUGACAAUCUCCUCGGACCAACUGCACUGAUAGCAACUAAUGGAAAAGGAAUUGUUCAUACGUUUUUAUGCAGACCAGAUAUUCCGAUCGAUUGUAUUCCUGCUGACUUGGUUGUCAACUCAGUUAUAGCAGUUGGUUGGAGAUCAGCGAUCUUAAAACCCAAAGAACAUUUAAUAUACAACAUAACGAGCAGCAACAAAAAUGCAAUCACAUGGAGAGAAGUACUUGACAAUGGAAGUAUAAUAAUCAAGAAAUAUCCUUUUGAGAACAUGCUGUGGUAUCCAACAAAGCAUUUUGGAACGAACAAGUUCAUCUAUAAUAUACUUGUCACAAUAAUCCAUAACACUCCUGCACAUAUUAUAGAUUUCAUCUUUAAACUUAGUGGAAGGAAGCCAUUCCUCGUCAAAAUACAAGACAAGUUCUACAAGUCCAUGGAAUUUGUUGAGUUCUUCAAGUUCACGCAGUUCUUCUUCCACGGAAACAAUGUCGACAAGCUCAUUUCUACAAUGAAUGAAGAUGACAAGAAAAAUUUCGAUUUUGAUGCAACUCAUAUUGAUUGGAUUGAGUACAUUCGGUCCUUUGUGUUGGGCGUCAGACGGUAUAUUUUCAAAGAGGAUCCGAAAACAAUUGAAAGCUGCAGAAAGAGAUUGUUUAAGCUGAAGAUUUUGCAUGAAUUUAUGAAGCUUUUGAUGAUUUUUUUCUGUUUGUGGAUCGUUUGGAAGUUAUUGGACAUUCCAGCAGCUGUUGCUCGCUUUACAGCGAUGAUUAAUUGAAAAUUUAAUUAUUUUAAAAGUUUUAAAUAUUUGGACAAGUUGAACUUAGGCAAAAGGCGUACUAUAAGUAGGAUUUUGAGUCAGGAAUGCAGCUAUAAAUUUAUUAGGGGUCUGAACUCACUUCCAAACAACCUGCGCGAUGAAAUAAGCAUUUAAAGAUUCAAUAAAAUAUCAAAAUUCUCAAUUCUUAUUAUUCUUAU